CCACCUCGCACGUGAGGUGUUCGAUCACCGUUCUGUUCUUCGUCCACACUCCGGGAUAACAGGCAAGCAACUCCUCACUUCAAUCCUCAUUCUCUGUGGUGCAGCGUGGUUUGUAUCCGCCGCUGUCACAUCAAGUUUCUCCCUUACCUUGAUCCAGUUGGCGCACCAUCCCGUCCCGUCUCCUGCCAUCCCACGUUCUAUCGUCGCCGCCCUAGGGGUCCAAGGAGGACCAGCCGACCGGAGCAAGGUUGACGUGGCGAAUGCGAGGUGUGAGCCGGUGACGGCCUGAUCCCGCUCCGAGCGACCGACCCGUGCAGGGAUCUGCCGCUUGCAGGCCCGUGGCUUGGAUAGGGGCGCUGACAUUCUGUUCGGAGUACCAGCCAACCGUAGCGAGCAUUGCUGAGACGAGGUGUGAGCGGGUGACGCCCUGGUACUGCCCCGAGCGACCGUGCAGGGAUCUUCCGCCUGUAGAUCCGUGGCUUGAAAAGUGUCAACAGUGGUGCGAAUAUUCUCUUCAGUGAACUCGGUUGCACGGUUUCAGAAAUCUAUAACAUGAGCACAGAUGAAGCUAAGCCUGCUGGGUCUGCACUUACCCAUCAAGUUGAUGGCAUAAGUCAGAUUUUUGUAAAAAACAGUGAUGCCCAAAAAAUGAAACAUCCCUCUUCUUUGCACUAUUACAAUGGAUUUAUCAAAUUGGGUAACCAAGCUGAAAAAUUGGAGUCAAUUGAUGUAACUGUAUUGGGCUUCUCAACUACUGAAAUUGGAAAGAUUCAUUAUGACAAUCUUGCAAAUUUUGAUCAUCCCGGAAUAAUUGAAGCUUUCGCAUAUGGAGUUGGCAAAGGAAAACACUCAAAUAACUCCUUUCUGGCCGUCACAAAAUUUGAAACUACAUUUGAAGGAUACCUUCGGAGAGAUGGUCCGGCGCUUGAUCAGCAAAACCGAUUCACGGAGAACUUUAUAAACUUUCUCAGGGAUAUCAUUGUAGCCAUGGAGGAGCUGCAUCGUCAAGGCUAUUAUUGCGCAAAGCUUCAUGGAAGUCAUAUUGCAAUCAUCAACGAAGGCGGUUCACAAAGGGCGAGAUUGUGGAGGUUUGGUAAAAUUAAAGGAGAUACUGAAGCAGAAAUAAGCAAGGCGAAAGAUUGGGUUAGAUUGGGAAACCUGAUUGAGAAAGUAUGUUUAAUCGCAGAAUCUGAUGAUCUUCAUAUGAGAAUGACCAAGAAAGAACUGAAAGGGACAAACAUCCUGAAGCAUCAUGCGUUGUUAACCGUCAGAGAAAAAUUUGAAAAUAUUCUAUCCUUGAACCAAUAUAUAUCACUCAAUCUGAAAGAACCACAAGAGGAAUCAGAAUAUUUGAUAGUAUCUGAUCUGAGUCUACAAACAUUGGAGGAGAAUUUGGAUAGAAAACAUUAUUGGGACAUACUUUCCUUUGUACAUCCAACAAGUGUAAGCGGUGUCACCGACACAUUAAGGGGCUUCAUAUACUCCUUGAGAACAAUCAUUGAACAUGAAGUUCGGUACCUUACACCCGAGUUGCUGGAAGAGAAUAAAGGAAUAGUCAAGGAUCUUGAACACUAUAUUCAAAAGGAAUGGGAAGAAUUAUACCUGAAAUUGCAAGAGAUUGCAGUGCAAUUGAGUUUGGAAUAUUGAACAUGAAUGAUUGUCUCAAGUUUCUUGCUCAAAAUAGGCCUGCUCAUGUACCGAUCUGAUCAAGAGAUGUGCUUACUGAGCUCUAAUUACAUUCUCCUAAUAUUUUGUGUGGCCUUUAGAUCGUUCAACGUUGAGAUGAUGUACCAAACACCGACUUCUUUAGCCUUCUCCGAGGCAUUUCUGCAGUCUGGAUGUAUUUUGGAUGGCCUAUCUGAAUUACAGGCGUCUCCUUGACCUAUUACUUGCCGACGAACUUUGGUGCGUCGCAAAGAAUCACGCAAAUUGUGGAGAAGUUUCCAGUAAGCUGUCGUAGAAUUCUGUUGCCGAGUGGUUCUCUGGAGUUGACUCUCACAUCUGGGAUCAUAUUGGCUGUUUCAAACUUGUGAGAGUAACAGUUAUUCAGAAUGGCUCUAACACGUGAACGUCACCGUGUAGAAUUGUAAAUGUCAACAUUCAGAGGCUGCUUCUACGUUGGUUUAUGAUUGUACACCCGUCCACGCAUGUCAUGCAUUAUUGAGACUGUCAAGUGUAAACCACUUCUUCCGUGGAAUCCUGGAAACUCAAAGAGCCCUUCGAUACAAGUUGUACCAGGUUGUUGA